AUGGCCCCCGUUCCUCGCGUCUACUCCAAGACCUACAAGGUCCCUCGUCGUCCUUUCGAGUCGGCUCGUCUUGACUCGGAACUGAAGAUUGUCGGCGAGUACGGCCUGCGCAACAAGCGUGAGGUGUGGCGUGUCCAGCUCACCCUGUCCAAGAUUCGUCGUGCUGCUCGUGAGCUGCUCACCCUCGACGAGAAGGACCCCAAGCGUCUUUUCGAAGGUAACGCUUUGAUUCGCCGUCUGGUCCGUAUCGGUGUGCUCGAUGAGUCCCGCAUGAAGCUCGAUUACGUCCUGGCCCUCCGUGUCGAGGACUUCUUGGAGCGUCGUCUCCAGACCUGUGUCUACAAGCUUGGCCUUGCCAAGUCCAUCCACCACGCCCGUGUCCUGAUCAAGCAGCGCCACAUCCGCGUCGGAAAGCAGAUCGUCAACGUCCCCUCCUUCAUGGUCCGUCUUGACUCCCAGAAGCACAUCGACUUCGCUCUCACCUCCCCCUACGGUGGUGGUCGCCCCGGUCGUGUCCAGCGCAAGAAGGCCGCUGCUGCCAACGAGGGCGGUGACGAUGCUGCUGAGGAGGAUGAUGAGUAA